AUGAAACGCGUUCAUGUAAUCGCGAUCACAAUUGAGUGGAUAAUACUUGUCGUGUCAACUAUUGGAAAUAUAUCAUUGAUGAUAACAUUGAAGCGUCGUUUUACACGCUCAUCUCGUUUCUACCAUUGCCUUAUGCUCAACCUCGCAGUAGCCGAUAUAAUGUUUGUAUAUUCAACGAUUCCUUUCCACUUUGUGGAGCGUCUGCAUUCGCCUCGUUUUCCUUUUGGAUCUUUCCUCUGUAAAAUCAUUUCACCUUUCCAAACGACGGUUGUAAUGACUUCUAUAUAUACCGUAGUUGCCCUCAGCUGUCAACGAUAUUGCAUGAUCGUUCGGAUUUCAGAGGAUGCGAAAGAGUGUCGAAAAACCACGUUAUUAGCAACAAUCUUGGCUCUAUGGUUGGUACCUAUCAUUCUUGCGGGAAUACCGCUUGCUAUCGCACUCGAGUAUGAGAAUCAUACAUGUCAAGAGACUUGGUCGUCGUUUUUAAAACGCUAUUUUACAGUCUAUCUCACAUUUAUCCAAUACAUUGGACCGCUUUUUGUCAUUACAUUGUGUAAUGGAAAAGCGGUAAUAAAACUGAAAAGGCAUAAUCGCGAGAGGGAACGUUAUGCAAUUGUGGACGACACAAUCCUUAAACGCCACAAUAAUGUUGUGCGCAUGCUCGUAGCCAUCGUAGUCAUAUUUGCUGUGUUCUGGUUUCCUUUCCAGCUUGCAUGGAUGGUGUACACUUUUUCAAACGGCAGAGUUAAUUGGCCCGUUCUGCAAGAUAUAUCUAUGUUAUUCGUAUCAGCUAACUCAGUUCUCAAUCCUGUUAUAUUUUUCAUAUAUAAUGGAGAAUGGUCUUUGGGAAAAUUUGGAGCGUGUUUAAGAUUUAAUCCUAGUAGUUUGGAUUCCAGGGAUCAAGAAAGCCACGUGGUUCAAGUGGCUGAAGUGACUGAAGUUUAAUUAUGACGUGAUUUUUUUCAAAAUUAUGACGUAUUAAAUACUUAAAAGACUUCGUCAUAUUUAGCAUAGAAAACGUAGGUAGCUAAUGAUUUAACAUGUUUUAAAUAGGAGAAUGAUACAGAAUGUAAAUGUUAGGUGAAGAGGUGGCGGAUCUGGCGUUGGUCAAAAUAUGAUAAUAUAUGCUGAAUUUUACAUUCAAAUUACCAAAUACUGUUAGUAAUGAUUUCUGUUAGUAAUGAUCCGCUACAUAAGUGAAGAAAGGUAGACUAGUAGCAACAACGAAUUGCUGUAAAUAAUAUAAAAUACAUAUGCGUAAAUACUUUCAAAUUAUUUAAAAGAUCUACAACUUAAAAGGCUUA